CACUUGUCACCUUCUCUCCCCGCAGCGCAGCGAUAAGCCCGUGACCCGCUCGCGCCACCCGUCCGUCCUCCGACUCCGAGUCCAACCCCGAGCAGAGGGAUGCAGCCCGUGCCCAUGGUGGCCAGGAAGCUUCUAGAGCAGGCGACCGCCGCGCCGCCGGCGCUGGGCGGAUCCAUCGCCGACGACAGGGACAUCGUCAUCAUCCUCGCCUCGCUCCUCUGCGCGCUCAUCUGCGUGCUCGGCAUCGGCCUCGUGGCGCGCUGCGCGUGCUCCCACCGCGGCGGCGGCGGCGGCCCCGACGCGGCCGCCGCCAACAGGGGCGUCAAGAAGGCGGUGCUCCGCGCGAUCGCCACGGUCGAGUACGUCUCCCCCGGAGGCGGAAAAGCGGGGGCGGAGGAGGCGGGGCAGGGGCAGGAGCAGGAGCAGUCCGAGUGCGCCAUCUGCCUCUCCGACUUCGAGCACGGCGACGCCAUGCGCGUGCUGCCCCAGUGCGGCCACGCGUUCCACGCCGCCUGCGUCGACAAGUGGCUGCGCGGGCACUCCUCCUGCCCCUCGUGCCGCCGGAUCCUGGUCCUCCAGCUUCCCCCAGGCGAGCGGUGCCAGCGCUGCGGCGCGCGGCCGGAGCCAGCCGACGCCGCCAGCGCGGUCUGGAAGCCGACCCACUACAGCGAGGUCCCGCCCUUCUUGCCGUAGAAGCGCGCGCGCUCCGGAGAUUCCGGGCUAGAGCUAGAAAGAGGAACAGAGAAACCGACCAAUCCAUAAGCCUGAGAUGGUCAAAUUUCUCGUUUGCUUGCUAGAUUUUAGUGCCUAGCUAGCUGGAAAUGGAUAGCAUUUGGGAACAUUUGGAGUUAGGGAUCCUGGUUUGCAUCUUGCAAGUGGAUGACUGCAGCUUUUAGCUCUGUACAUUUUGUAAAGUGAGAAUAAAGAUUUCGCAAUUUAGCUUCAAUUGAGAGGAUCCGAAUGCUUUGCUCCCCA